AUGGAUCAGCUUGGAAAAUUAAUCGAAUCGCUAACGAAGCCACGUCAUGAAGAGGAUUCCAUCGAUCGGCUGAAUUAUCACCUAACCACCAUAAUACUCCUGGCCGCUGCAUUCACUAUUAUCGCUAAAGAAUAUGGUGGCGAUCCAAUACAGUGCUGGUUGCCCGCACAACUGGCAUCCCAAAGAUCGUGGGAGCAAUACGCAGAGGAUUAUUGUUUCAUCGAAAAUACUUACUAUAUUCCGCUGGAGCAGAAUCUACCGCAAAGUGAGGAGCAUCGCAAUAACAAAAUGAUUACUUAUUAUCAGUGGGUACCAUUCACGCUGAUGCUGCAAGCAAUGUUAUUUGUUGUUCCACAUGUGUUCUGGCGAAUGCUCAACUGGACUGCAAAUGUGCAGACACGUGCAGUGAUAUCGAUGGGGAGCAGCGCACGUCAGAUGGAUCCGUGUAGCAACGAGGCAAAGGAGAUGCUCGAUGCGAUCGCUAAUCAUAUGUAUCAUGCUAAUCGUGCUAAGCCCUUACGCAAAACGCUUCAGAACACCAACCCGCUCAUCAUUUUGUCAAGGAUUUUCGCGAAGUCGUACCUCACCACUCUCUAUAUAAUAACGAAGUUGCUAUUCAUUGCGAAUGCUUCUCUUCAAUUUUGGAUUGUAUCGUUGUAUCUGGGUGGAAAUGGUUACGACCUGACAAAAGCCUUGAUCGAACAACGUACAUGGCAGAACACCGGCCUUUUUCCAAGAGUUACUAUGUGCGAUUUCAAGAUCCGUGUACUGGGUAACAUCCAUCAUCAUACAAUCCAGUGCGUCUUGAUGGCCAAUAUGUUCAAUGAAAAAAUCUACAUUGGCUUGUGGUGGUGGCUGUUGAUCGUGAUUACCCUCACUGCUACAAACCUCGUCUACUGGCUCUACGUACUCACUUCUGCAAAUUCCAAUGGCGCCUUUCUGUUGCGACUUAUUAGACUUCGGGUUAGCCAUAAUUUCAUCCUACUGCGCCGCCAGCUGAAGGACGACAUGGAGCGAUAUCAGAUCGAAACAUUCACGGAACAGUUUGCCGGCGAUGCAGCACUAGUGCUGCGACUAUUGGCGCAAAAUGCCGGCGAGCUGGUCGCAAGUGGUGUGGCCGCGCGACUGUUUGACACUUUCAAAAACGACAACAUAAUUCCGUGA